GGUGCCUGCCUCGGGGAAGAUGGAAACCCGGAAACCGCCUUCAGGAACAGAACACGCCGCUCGUGCAGACAGAAAUAUUGCCGGACGCACACGCUCCCGACUCCGACAGGAUCACCGUCGACUGGACAGUGGACUCGGCGCUCGGCGGUGAUUCGGACGCCGAACCGACGUGGCGCGCUGACGACCUCCAACCGCGCCCCCAUCCCGGCCUCCCGCUUCUGCCCUUCCAACCCCGGCUACGGCAAUAACGGCACCGCAUCCGCGAGGGCAGUCCCGUCAGUCCAGGCCCCUCGUCCUUCUCCUUCCCUCUCUCAGGGGCGCGCCUCGCUCACCCUCCCCACUGGCGAAUUUGCUACAGGCAAGCGCUCCACUCGAGCUCGGCCCGCAUCCAUGGCGAUGCGGCUCCUGUCCCCCUCCACGCCGCCCCCACUCUUCCCGAGCCCCGGCCCGAAGGCACCCGCCUCCGUCUCCGCAUCGUCUUCCUCGUACUUGUCUGUCCGCUUGCGCCGCGCGCGCGCGGCGUCUGCAGCGUCUGGCGCGGCCGCGUCGGGCGGGUCCGACCGGGACGGCGGACGCUUCGAGGGGGAGGCGAUGAGCGGGGCAUUCGACAGGGGCCUCGCGGAGAUCGCGAGGAAGGUGCCGCUCUUCGAGCCCGCAGCGGACGGGGAGCUCGCCGCCGCGGCCGGCGAGCGGCCGUUGCCUAUCAAUCUCGAGCUCUGGCUCUACCGCGUCAAAGUGCACACCAGGAAGUUCGAGUUCCCUGAAGCAGAGAAGCUUCUCGACAAGUGUAUCUCAUUCUGGCCUGAAGACGGACGUCCGUAUGUGGCACUGGGGAAGUUGUUCAGCAAGCAGUCAAGGUAUGACAAAGCUAGAGCGGUGUACGAAAGGGGAUGCCAAGCAACGCAAGGCGAAAACCCAUACAUUUGGCAGUGCUGGGCAGUCCUAGAAAGCAAGGGUGGAAAUAUUCGAAGGGCACGCGAGCUAUUUGAUGCUGCUACUGUGGCUGAUGCAAAGCACAUUGCUGCUUGGCACGGGUGGGCAAUUUUAGAAAUAAAGCAAGGAAAUAUAAAAAAAGCACGGAACCUACUUGGGAAAGCCCUGAAAUAUUGUGGAGGAAAUGAGUAUAUUUACCAAACUCUUGCUUUGCUUGAAGCUAAAGCAGAGCGCUUUGAACAAGCAAGGACUUUGUUCGAACAAGCCACUCAAUCCAAUCCGAAAAGUUGUGCAAGCUGGCUAGCUUGGGCUCAGGUAGAAAUGCGUGCAGGAAACAAUACCAUGGCCAGAAAUCUCUUUGAGAAAGCUGUCCAGGCUAGUCCUAAAAACCGUUUUUCAUGGCAUGUAUGGGCACUAUUUGAGGCAAAUGAAGGUAAUAUUGACAGUGCAAGGAAGUUGCUUAAGAUUGGACAUGCUGUAAAUCCUAAGGACCCUGUAAUCCUCCAGUCACUUGCACUGCUGGAAUACAACUUUUCAUCUGCGAAUGUUGCUCGUGUGUUAUUCAGAAAAGCAUCUCAAAUUGAUCCAAGGCAUCAGCCAGUUUGGAUAGCUUGGGGAUGGAUGGAAUGGAAAGAAGGAAAUGCAAGAACAGCAAGGGCCCUCUAUCAAAGAGCUUUGUCAGUUAAUUCAACAAAUGAAUGUGCUGCUCGUUGCCUUCAGGCUUGGGGGGUCCUAGAACAGCGUGCUGGUAACUACACGGCAGCCAGAAGAUUGUUGAGGUCUUCGUUGAAUAUAAACUCUCAAAGUGAGGUGACAUGGAUGACAUGGGCAGCACUUGAGGAGGAACAGGGAGAUCCAGUUCGAGCUGAAGAAAUUCGGAACCUUUACUUUCAGCAGCGCACUGAAGUUGUGGAUGAUGCCUCCUGGGUCAUGGGCUUCCUCGACAUCAUCGACCCUGCCCUAGACAGCGUGAAGAAGCUGCUAAACCUAGAUCAGCCUUCUGGGCCAACGAGGCAAGAUGAUGUUAAAAGCACUGCCAGGAGUUCUGCAGCUAGGGAGUCUUCAGAAACCUCUGCGGCUGUAGGUUCAGAUACCCCUGGCCUUACGAGCAAUGAUGCUGGUAACAACGGGAGGGAAGCAACUAGGACUCCAACAAAUGAUUUCGAUUUGGAUCGUUUCAUCAAAAAGAGGCUGGCCCUCGACCCGGCGGAGCUGGAUGCCGUGCUCGAGGGCUCUGACCCGAGGGGUGUUGUUUCUCAGAGGAGGAAACAGCGGCUGCCCAGGAAGCCACUCCCUGUCCCGUAAUCCAGAUCGGUCUGUCUCAUUUCCACCGGUAAAAUCCACUAACAGUAGCAGGUAUACGUGGAUAUGUGUGAGGAGAGGACGACCCCUGCCGCUGCCAUAGCAAUCACCUGUUAAUUGUCAUUCCAGGCACGUGUAUGUAAUUCUGCCACCAUUUGUAGUAUAAGUCUAGCUCUGUACAUAAAUUAGACUCUCUUUAUCUACAUAAUUCCCCCGAGUAAUUAGUCGAGAAAUAUUCUGAUAAAUGCCAAUGCCAUUACUUCAACA